AUGUGGCCGCCUCUGCUCCUUGUGUUCUCCAUCUCCAUGACCAUCGCCGGCACAGAGGCCAAACCCAAGGAGGACCAUCCCGGUGGUCAAUGGGAAGGAGACGACUUAUCUGAGGCCAGUAUGUCCUUCGCCAUCUCAGUCUAUAAGCUGGUGUCCUCCAAGACGGCCAGAUCCCCACCCAACGUCUUCAUCUCCCCCAUCAGCAUCUACACCACCCUGGCCAUGUUGGGUCUCGGGGCGAGAUCCUCCACCCGUCAGCAGAUCCUGGGGGCCAUGUGUCUCAACGACACCCAAGGCAGCAGAAUCCUGAAGGAGGACUACAAGAGUUUCCUGGCCAAACUGAGGACGGAAAACGGAGACGCAGAAUUCACCAUCUCCAACUGGUUCUUCCCAGACGAUUCCAUUAAGGUUUUACCCCAAUACAAGCAGGACGUGGCCAACUACUACAAGUCCUCCGUCCAGGGCAUUGACUUUACGGACCCCCAGAAUGCCGAGCAGAAGAUCAACGAGCAAGUCAGUGGCCGGACUGAUGGCAAAAUAGAAGACUUGGUCAGCGACCUGGAUGGCCAAACCAAGAUGGUCCUGCUGGACUAUGCAAGCUUCAAUGCAAAAUGGCAGAACCCUUUCACCAAAGGGACACGUCAGGAACUUUCCAAGUCACAUUCAGUCGCAGUCCCGAUGAUGCAUCGAGUGGGUCAGUACAGGACUUACAAGGACCGAGGACUUGUCUUUGUCGAGGUCCCGUACACGGACCAGCUGGUUCUACUUAUUAUUAUGCCAAAUGAUGGAAAACUCAAUGAAGUGGAGCAGAACCUAUCCGCACAGCGUGUACAGUGUUACCUAUCCAAGGCAAAAACUAGCCUACUGGACCUCUACAUCCCCCAGAUAUCUCUAGAGCAGCAGAUCAACGUGCAGUACGCUCUGCUCACCAUGGGGGUCAUACAAGUGUUCAGUGACACCGCCGACCUGUCCCGAAUAUCCCCCGAACCGGGACUGAAAGUCUCCAGAAUUUACCACAAGACUCUGGUGAAGAUUGCAGGGAAUGCGACAGAAUCCAGCGGCGCUGAGGUCAUACAAACCAUUACUCUCCCUAAAGCUCUGGAGUUGCGUAUUGAUCGGCCAUUUCUCGCUUUGGUUUACAAUAAAGAAGUGAAGACGGUUCUUCUUAUAGGGAGGGUUAUGGAUCUGUCUUAAGACGC